UCUCCAUGGGGCUGAGGGGCUGGCUGAGGACCGCGUGCUGCUGCUGCCGGUGCCAGUGCCUGGAGGAGCCCGCCGUGCCGGAGAAGGAGCCUCUGGUCAGUAAUAAUCCAUAUUCCUCCUUUGGAGCCACUCUCGCGAGGGAUGAUGAGAAGAACCUGUGGAGUAUGCCCCACGAUGUGUCCCACACGGAGGCAGACGACGAUAGAGUCCUGUACAAUUUAAUUGUCGUUCGCAAUCAGCAGGCCAAAGACUCAGAGGAGUGGCAAAAACUCAACUAUGACAUCUACACCCUGAGGCAGAUUCGAAGGGAAGUGAGAAAUAGAUGGAAACGUAUUUUGGAAGAUUUAGGUUUUCAAAAGGAAGCGGACUCUUUGCUGUCAGUGACGAAACUCAGCACCAUCAGUGAUUCUCAGAACACCAAGAAAGCACGAGAGAUACUGUUAAAACUGGCUGAGGAGACCAGUAUUUUCCCAACAAGUUGGGAGCUCUCAGAGAGAUACCUGUUUGUGGUGGACCGCCUCAUUGCUCUUGAUGCUGCAGAAGAAUUCUUUAAAAUUGCCAGUCGAACUUACCCUAAAAAGCCUGGGGUCCCGUGCCUGGCAGAUGGCCAGAGAGAACUACGCUACCUUCCACUUCCGAGUCCCUAAGGAAAAGCUCUGAGGCAGAACUGGAAUCGGCCUUUGGGAUUCAAGAGUCACAAAGGCUGGAUGAAUGCAUGUAGAAGAGAGUGAGCAAAUCGAGGACUUGCUAAGUUUCCAAAUCCUAUAGACAUCUAAGGGUUUGGAUAGCUGGUCUUCUUGAGGACCUUACUCAGAGAAAUGUUCAGUUUGCAAUGAAAAACACUGGUGAACUUGUGUCAGGAAGGUGGUCAGUGGGAUAUUUCUUUAUGAGUGAUUAGAUUUCAAGAACCCAUUGCCCCGUUUGGGGUGGUUGUUCAGUAAGCUUUAAUUGCUAGCCCUAUUGGAAUAAGAUAUUUUCUUAAUAAAACAAUAACAUUACUAGAGCUAUGUCACUAGGCCCAAAUAUGGAUUACUAGUUUUUAAAUAAUUGUUAUAUAGAAGCUAACACCAAAAUAAUGCUGGGCAUUAUGUGCCCUUUCUUUGAUUUGAAAGAAACUUCACAGUCUUGGAGGCUGUCAGAGGCAUCAUUUUGUGUAUCAGUAAUAAUUUUUUCAGAAGUACAGAUGUACCAGGUAAUAGAAAUGUCUAAGAAGGCUGCUCAGAAGUAGAAUGACCCGGAGCAGAACUGCCUAUAGCUUUGUGGACAAAAGUUCUGUCUUGGGUUGUGGUACAAGCAUCUUAAAAUUCCAGACAUUAUUGAUAUCUUGUUACCUGAUUUUUGCACAGUAUCCAUUUCUACUCUACAAACCUUUGCUGUUUUAUCCAGGAUAGCAUGCAGAAGCUGAAACAUUUGACCUCCAUUUCCUUUUCUUCUCUUGAAACUGUUUCCAGCUCACUGACUGCCUCUUGCCCUGACCCAGGACCCCACAGGCAUACUCGCAGCUCUGCAGUUGAACUGCAGAAGGUCAUUGCCAACCUGUUUCCAUUCUGAAGGUGAUUUCCACCCCGGAGCAAUGCUGCCAGUACAACUUGUUUCUAUCCGCAGAUUAAAAAGUCCAGCUUCAAAAGUGACUUGUCCUUUAAGCGAGGAGCUUGACAUGAAAUCAUGGUUUAUUUUAUUGAAAAAAAACUAAGAAUUUGUAGGAUUUAUUAGUGGAUUGCUGAGA